AUGAUUGUCGUCUCCGAGAUCGGCGAUAAGACCUUCCUGAUCGCUGCCAUCAUGGCCAUGAAACACCCUCGCCUUCUCGUCUUCUCUGCCGCCAUCUCCGCUCUCGCCGUCAUGUCCAUCCUCUCUGCGGCCUUUGGCCACGCCGUCCCCAACCUCAUCUCUCGAACUUACACCAACUACCUCGCCACGCUGCUCUUCUUCUGCUUUGGCAUCCGCAUGUUCUACGAUGGCUACCACAUGACCGAAGAAGACGCCAAGCACGAGCUUGAGGAGGUCACGCAGGAACUGCAGGACAAGGAAGAUCUUGAGCUCCUCCAGCGUGCUGAGGCUGGGUCUGCAGUCUCAACGGCCAACUUGGACGAGGAUGCUCAAGACGGCAGUGUACUUGUCGGCGGAGACUUGGAUUCGAAGAAGGAGGGCCCACUGAGGAAAAAGGAAUCUUCAGGACUAAUCAAUCUCUUCCAGCUGCUCUUCUCUCCGGUCUUUGUCCAGACGUUCAUCAUGACCUUCCUGGCCGAGUGGGGCGACCGCUCUCAAAUCGCAACCAUCGCCCUCGCUGCCGCACAUAACAUGGUAUGGGUGUCCAUUGGAGCAGUCUUUGGUCACUCGCUUUGCACAGGAGUCGCCGUCAUCGGAGGAAGGAUGCUCGCAUCAAGGAUCUCUGUCCGCACUGGUAUGUCGCUUUCAUUUUCUCUUAUUCACCUAUAUCGUCGAUUGCAAUAG